AUGCAAGUCCUGCUUCCGGCUGGAUCGCAGAAUUCAGGAACCAAAUGCGUCUCUGCCAGUUUUACGGGGCCUACCAGCGUCGCGGAAACAGCAAGCGUUCAAUCUGGAAGAUUCCCCGGAUAUCCCUUGUUGAAGGUCACAUACAUUAUCUACAGGCAAGGCGAUCUUUGCAGAGUAGGGAACCAGACAAAAGGACAAGAACGCAUACGUACUCGAAUUUCCGUACCCGGUAGAGGAAUAUCUCAAGUGAAAUUGAUUCUGCCUCACUUGGUAUGA